UUGUUUGUUAUUUGCAAUGAUCCCCAGCCUCUUGAGCAAUGGCAGCGCCAACAGCAACCUCUACGUUGCUGGCCUUCCUCCAAGCACCAGCGAGGAGAUUCUCCGACAACUCUUCAAGGAGUUCGGAGAAGUCGCAUCGGUCCGGACCUUUUACGGGAAGACACCCACAUCGCCCAGUUAUGGAUUUGUGAAGUUCCGCACGGAUGCGAUGGCCCUAGCUGCUUUGAAUGGGAUGAAUGGCCGGGAGUUCAAUGGUCACGUGAUGACCGUGCGCUUGGCCAACAAUGAUACCACAGGGCCACAUCCAAUUAGGAGUCCUCCACCUCCUGAACCUGUAACGCGAGGGACCAAUCUUUACGUGAGUGGUUUGCCUCCAGACAUGGAUGAAGCGAGGAUGAAGGACAUGUUUCAGAAAUUCGGCAACGUGGUUUCCGUGAAAUUGGCCCGAGAGGCCCGAAUAUACAAGCAGUAUGGCUUUGUGCACUACACGGUGCCGGAGGAAGCUGAAGCUGCGAUCAAUGGUGUGAAUAAUCGGAUCAUUGACCGAGAUUACCAGCUCACCGUGAAAUAUGCCAACAGCUCAGAGAAGGCACAAGCUGCUUACAGAGAAAUGCCGGGAGCGGGACCCGGGCCUGGUAUGGGGGCCGUGGGAGGACCCAUGGGAGGAUCCAUGGGAGCCUCGACGGGAGCCUCGACGGGAGCCUCGACGGGAGCCUCGACGGGAGCAUCUGGUGCUUGGGCUGAGGAGGUGGCACCUUCUACAGUCCACAUCAGCGGCUUGCCCCCAGGCACUUCGGCUGAUCAACUGCAAUCCUUCUUUGGCGCAUAUGGUCAGGUCAUGGCUAAAGUCUUGGACGAUGGAAGCCAAGGCUCUCCAGCCUCUGCCUUGCUGCGAUUGCCACCAGCAGAGGCUGAGCGUUUAGUGGCCGACUUUGAUGGACAUGUCCUGCAAGGUUUGGAGCGUCCACUCUCUGUACGCCUGGUUCCGCCCGAGCGGCCGGUAGAGAAGGAGACCUCCUCCAAUCGAUAUGAGCCCUACGGCAAGGGAGGCUCAUCUGGAUCGCCACCGCUCUCGCAGAUGCUACAAGCUGCCGAGUCUGCGUGGCCUGCCCCUCCCAAAGCAACAGGGCCCCCAGGGCCCAGCCCGGCCAGCUCCGAGUUCAUGCUCGCGAUCAGUGAGACGGUGUCUCGAGUGAAAGGCUUCAGACCGGUGGCUCCUCAAACGAUGGACCCCACGAAUCUGUACAUCAAGGGGCUGCCAUCCAAUGCCGACGAGCUUUAUCUUUACUCCAUUUUCUCACCCUUUGGAGCCAUUCAGAGCGUACGGCUUCUCAAAGAUUCCACGACGAAUGUGUGCACCGGAGCGGCCUUGCUGAAGUUUGGCCAGACCGAAGAUGCCGACCUGGCCAUCCGGACGCUCUCAGGAAACAAACUUCCUGACGGAGUGGUGUUGGACGUGACCGUCAAGACGGUGAGACCGAAUAUGGGCUAAAAGAACGAGGAAAGGAAAAAAACAAGA